UAGGGAUGUUGGCCAUUACGAUGGAUGUUUGUGAACUAAGUGCGUUACAGUCGUUGCGUAGUGUAUAGUCGUAUAAUUUUUUUGUAAAAAAAAGUUACAUUUUAUCAAUUACGAUAAAAAAUUGUAAUACGAUCAUAUGAAAAUCGUUUGAUCGUUACGUACCUUUACGUAUACCAAUUGUUCUAUCUACUUUGACGAAAGAGAGAAGAAUUUUUCUACCGGUGUAAUGGCCGAUGUAGAAGGAAAGAAGUUGACCGAGCUUCGUGUUAUAGAUCUUAAAACAGAAUUAGAACGACGUGGUUUAGAUAAAACGGGAAACAAAGCAGCACUUCUUGAACGUCUUUCUAAGGCUAUAUCUGACGAUGGAGAAAAUCCAGAGGAAUAUCUCAUUGUGCCUUGUGGUGGAGUCUGCAAGACCAGUCCACGGAAAAACAGUGUCACAGGAGUACCUAAUCAAGAUGAUACUCUGGAAUCAUCUGAAAAUCAAAAAGAAGAAAAUGUAGAACAAAUAAAAAAAGAAAAUAUAGAUACACAAGAUGCUAAUGAGUCAAAAGCAAAGUUAAAACCAAAACUUUCAUCCGAAGAAAAUCUUAUUAUUAAUAAGAAAGAGGAUACGUCGAAUGAUGUUUCUGACAAUCCUCCAAAAGAAGGAGAAGUCAAACAAGAAACAAAAACAACAACUAUAAAUAAAAUUCCAACUGAGAGUGGACAAACCUGUGAGAAGAAAACUGAAACUGAGAAGACACUUACAUCAAAUCAGUCUUCGACUACAGGUGCUGUAGAAGCCAAUGGAAUGGAUAAUGAAGAUUCUAUUAAUUUAACUAUUGGAGAAGAUGAAGAAAAUCUCCUUGCCGAGGAGACAGAAUCCCAUGAUAGACAUAAAGAUGGAGGUGAGAAGAAGAAAAUGGAAGAGAACAAGAAGGGAGACUCUAAAGGGAGCGGUAGAGCAGAAGCUGGUGCCAGCAACAAGGAAGGGACAACGUCUGGUGCAAACGUCGGGAUGAAGAACAAGCAGGAUGGUGGCGAUGGAAGCAAGAGUGUGGAGUCCAGCAGCAAGAGUCAGAAGAGGGAAGAUAAAGAUAAGAAGACUUCUCAAAUCAAUCCUGUUAAUGCAAGUAGCAGGAAUUUGUGGGUGUCUGGAUUAUCAUCGAGUACACGGGCUACUGAUUUGAAGCAAAUCUUUUCAAAAUAUGGGAAGGUGAUAGGUGCCAAAGUGGUUACCAAUGCUAGAACUCCAGGUGCAAGAUGUUAUGGAUACGUUACUAUGUCUACCAGUGAAGAUGCUGCAAAAUGUAUACAACACUUGCAUCGAACUGAAUUGCACGGUCGAGUGAUAUCCGUCGAGAAGGCCAAAGGAGAUUCUCAACAAAGUCAUAUGCGCAAACGCGAUGCAGCAAAUGGAAAGUCAGAAAAGAAAGAAGAAAAGGAUAAGGCAAAAGAUAAUCAUGAAACCAACGAGAGAAAAGAAAAGGAAGCAAAGAAGGAGAGUGAAGAAAAAGGACCCGAACAAGCAAAAAAGAACGACGAAAAAAGUGAAAAUAUCGAUGCUAAGAAAACUGAGCCAGUGGAUAAAAAGGAAGAGAUCUCCAAGGAAUCUGAUUCUCGAUCAACAAAAUCUACCAGCAAGAAACCAGAAAGUGAAAGAGGUCGCCGAGAAGAUAAACGAAUUCGUUCGUGGGAUCAUCAUCGUUCGUACAGUCGUUCGCGUAGUCGAGAACGCCGUAGACGAGAUGAUGUACUUACUUUUGCAAAAAUAAGGAAAGACGAACAUCGAUACGACAGCAUCUUACGAUUACAGGAGGAGCGUGAGAGACAGAGAUUACGUGAACGUGAAAGAAUGUUGCGAGAGGAGGAAAGAAGACGACGUGAGGAUAUGGAAAGACAACGAGAAAUUGAACGUAGACAGAGAGAGGAAGCAGCACGAUUGGAAAGGGAACGUGAGAAAUUAAGAAGGGAGAGAGAAAGGAUAGAACAAGAAAAAGCAGAAUUGCUUCGUUUGGAACGAGAACGUCAGAAAUUGGAAAGGGAGAAAUUGGAACGCGAGAGAUUGGAGUUAAAGAGACAACAAAUGCGUUUAGAAGAAAGUAGACGUGCUCCUCCGCCUCCCUCGAUCAAGAGAUCAUCUAGUGAUAGAAGGGAUCCUAGAGAUUUAUACGUAGAACCAGAAAGGAAACGAAUGACUACGGAACAUAGCAGAAGACACAGUCCAGAUCGAGUGAGUGAUAGACGAACUGAGAUCAUAGAUCGUGUUUCGGAUAGACGAUUAGAUCCAUCACCACCUACACGUUACGAAUCGAGCAGAUCUACGCAAGACAUGGGAUUAAAGAAAGAAUUCAAACGCAGUAGCGAAUUUACAUCAAGAAGUAGUCGUCCAGAAACGUUUUCUGAUGUAUCACGUGGAAGAGAAGUAAUCGUACGUCGUGAAUCUCUUUCUGCAACAUCCUCGUCUAUCGAUCCACGACAAGUCAAAGAAAGUGUUAGAUACGAACGACCCAGUACUACAACAUAUACUCGAGAACGCGAGGUACGACGAUCUGAACCAGAGUCGCAUAGAAAUUCUAGGGAUAGUCAUACGCGUUAUAGUGAAAGCUUCAAACCACCGAGCUCGAGUGCACCCCGUGAUAGCCGUUAUAUAGAAAGCAAUAAAACACCAAGUGGAUGGCAUUCAGUUCCACCAUCUACAAAAUCAUUUAAUUCUGUCCCAAGUAGUGGCACACGGGAUCCACGUAACGAACCAUCGGGUUGGAGUUCUAGAUCAUCAGACAGUGUCAACAGAUGGAGCAAUUCGAGCAGUAUAGGUAAUACUUUACGUCAUCCUGUGCCACCAACUUAUCCAAGUGGCCCCAUACAAUCCAUGGGAUUAACAGCACCGGGAACAGCUACUUCAUAUGAUCGAUUCGAUCCAUAUAAAUCAUCUAUGUCUAGUAUGAGGAAAUACUGAUAGAAUUGAUUGAAUAUAUAUAUAUAUAUAUAUAUAUAUAUAUAUAUACAUAUAUAUAUAUAUAAAGAAGAAGAAAAAUGAUUAAAAAAAUGAAUCGUGCAAAUUUGAGUAUUAGCAAACUUGAGGUAUGUAGGUAUAUAUUACUUUCUUUGUUCGUAAACUUCAUUGAAAAAUAUUGUUUUACGUAAUAGUCCAAUUUUAUAUGCAAAAUUUAAAAAAAAAAGAAAAAGAAAAAAAAAACAAAAAGAAAGACAGAAAAAAGAAGAAAAAAGAAAAUGUAGCCUCAAAACAUGUCAAUGUACAAAAGAUAUUGUUUGAUGAAUUAUUAACUAAACAGAGCGCAUCGUUUUCCAUUGAUAUUAAAUAUAUUGACCAAAAUAAUAUUAGAAUUUCAUCUUGUACCGAUACAUUCGGUAAAUCUGUUUAUUAAUCUAGAUUCCGUUGUUACAUGAUGUUGUAUAACAUAUGAAUAAUAAUCGAGAGAAACAAAAACAGAGAGAGAGAGAGAGAGAGAGAAAGUACGCAUUUUUCAUAUAAAAAUUGUUAAAAGAUAUAGGAACAAUAAUUCCAUUUAUCUAUUAAUUAACAAUUAUUAAUUAUAUUUAUGUGAAAGUUUGACAGAAAAAAAAUGAUGGAAUGUUGACGUACAUACUGUUAAACACCGCUCUGUAUUUAACAAAUGAUAUGUGAUCUUGAUUGUUCAUCAUAAAUAAGCGAUUGAAAUAUCUAUUAAGCGAUUAAAGUGUAUCGUACACAGACCGACAGCACAAUAUACUACUAAAAAUUCCGAAGUGCAAGGAACUUUUGUACAUUUGUUAAUAGAUAUAUUAUAAUGUGUAUUUCAAUUUAUUUUAUUUCUAAAUAAUAAUGUAACAAUUCAUCGAUUUUAACAAUAAUAUAGUUUUAACAAGACAAAGAGGAAGCGAUGAUGGGAAACAAAAAAAAAAAUACAGUUUAGUGUAAACAAACAAUGAA